AUGGCGAGCGUCUUCACCGAAUGGUUUCAAAAACUCUUCGCUCCCAACGACGAGGGCAAGGGCAAGGGCGGCGGCAGCGCGGGAACGCCGGCCGCUGCGGCGGCCGGCAGGGCGGCCGGCAGGGCGGCUGGUGCUUCCGGCGCGGCCUCUGCUGCCGGGAAGGGCGGCAACGAAAAGGGUGCUUCGGACGGAGACGAUGUGCGGUCUAACAUAACCUCUGUCGCAACGAGCGACGGCGCGAGACCCUCGUCCCCCUCCUCGGGACAAGCCUCCAGCGCCGCGGCUGCGGCUGCGGCCCAGCGGCAUCUGGGCGCUGCUGCGGGCACCGCUCCCGCGGAGACGGAGGCAAAGCAACAACACAUCUCUUCAUCCAACGAUGGCGUCGGCGUCAAGCCCCCCGCCGCGCCCGAGGAAGCACCGUCCUUCGGGGGCGGGGAAGGACCGGUGCAGCAACCACGGCAACCCUUAACGGACAGGUCGUCAGCAGCAGAGGGAGCUGGGCUGGGAGCGCAAGCUGCUGGUGCUGCAGCGGCGGGGGCAGAAGCGGCGGCGGCGGCCGGGGCUGGGAGGGAGCAGGCGAAGGCGACCGCUCCGCUUAGGAGGGAUGGCAGCGGCGGCAGCGGCAGCGGCGGCGGCGGGGGGGGGAGGGGGUCGGCCAGCAGAUCGACCAGCCCGUCCCGGACGGCGGCUUUGAGCGUGGGCUCGGACGACGGAGAGGAGGAAAACUUGUACACGGCGGGGACGCACCAGGGCGCGCGGCCGUCGAUCGAUGACUUCAGCUCCCUGAGGGUGCUCGGGAAGGGCUCUUACGGCAAGGUGGUUUUGGUUAGACGCAAGAACACCGGCGUGCUGUACGCGAUGAAGAUCCUCAAGAAGGGCGACGUGGUUCGGAAGAGGCAGGUGGAGAGGACGAAGAUCGAGAGGAGGGUCCUCGGUAACGUCGAGCACCCCUUCCUCAUGCGCCUGCACUACGCCUUCCAGACGGACAACAAGCUGUACCUCGUGCUCGACUACUGCCCCGGGGGCGAGCUGUUCUUCCACCUGAGCCGGUACAAGCGGUUCCCGGAGGGAGUGGUGCGGUUUUAUGCGGCGGAAUUGGUCCUGGCGUUGAAGCACCUCCACGACAACAACAUCAUUUACCGGGACAUCAAGCCCGAGAACAUACUCCUGGACGCAGACGGACACAUCAAGCUUGGAGACUUCGGCCUGGCGAAGGACAACGUAUCGGACUCGACGUUCGGGGCGCAGUCUGUGUGCGGCACACCGGAGUACAUGGCCCCGGAGGUGAUCAACAAGGCCGGGCACGGCACGGCAGUGGACUGGUGGGGGCUCGGCAUGCUCAUGUACGAGAUGCUGACGGGCCUUCCCCCGUGGUACACGAAAGACAGGCAGAAGCUCUUCGAGCGGCUUAGGGGGGCGCCCCUCGUGAUUCCCAAGAACGUGUCGGCCCCGUCGGCAGGCAUCAUCGGCGGCCUGCUGACGAGAAAUCCGUCCAAGAGGCUGGGCACGCUCGGAGCGCUGCAGGUGAUGAACCACGACUUCUUCAGGGGCCUCGAUUGGGCCGCCCUGCUGGCGAAGCGCAUUCCGGCCCCCCUUAACCCGUGCCGCAACCAGAGACAGGGGUCCGAGUCGACGCACAACUUCGACCCCCAGUUCACCCGCAUGCCCAUCGACACCAUGGCCUUGGGCGGCGGGAUAGUUUCCCCGGGGCCGGACGGGCACUUCGACGGUUUUACUUACGAGGUUCCGGGGGUGAUCCUGGAAGGCGACCGGUGAAAUUUUGCGAAAUACAAAGGGGGGGGGGGGAGGACAUAUGCUUUUGUUUUUUGUCCCUCUUUUUUUGAUAGGUGUGCAUGCUUGCGUAUCCAAGAAGGAGGGUGUCUGUUUUCUUCUUGCCGUUUCUCUCUGUCUGACUCGUGGAAUUGUUUCCCCACCAGCCGCCGCCGCCACCACCGCGCGGGUGUGUUGAGCGCGUGUUCUGAGAAAAACAAAAGAAGAGGGAUCGAUAGACCAACCGGAACCAUACAGGUGUUGCUGAAGGGCUGCUGGCUCAACUACUGUCCGUUUUCAGCUGGAUGUUUUCGGCUGGAAUUUUCCUGGGUUGGAGUGCUGUUAGAGGCGAUUUUUUGUUCUGUUUGUUUGCCCGUUCACCCGAAAAGUUUUUUUUUUUGCCGCAGAUGGAUGUGGUUUGGGUCGGCGGUGAUCGAUGAUUUUCCCUCAAGAACUGAAGAAGAAAGGAAGGCUCGUAACAAAUCAAAGGAACACAUGAACAAAUGAACAAAUCCAACGCUUUUUCCGGGAGUGGUUUCUGUGUUCUCUGCAUACAGGCUUGGGUUGGAGGGGGUUGGAGGGGGGGGGGGGGGUACGUGGGUGGUUGGAGGGGGUUUGCUUGCUUUGUCCGCCGACCGACGCGCUCUGUACGUGUGCGUGUGUGUGGCGUUCAGAGCUGAGGAAGAGGUUCGGUACGAAGUGAUGGGUGCUUGCCUUUGUGUUCCGAGUUGUGUACGACGUGUGUUCCCGCUGCUGUUGUACAGCUAGGGUUUCCUCACGAGCUGGCAGGCUUUUUUCGCGCGUGGGGAGCUGUCGUUUGGCGACGGAGCGGCAGCGAGAGGUCGGGAAGGCACCGGCAGUGGGGGCUUCCACCUGUCUGUCUUGAGGCUGUCCCUGGGGUGCUAUGAGGCGAUGGCCACGCUCUCACCGAAAGCAAGGCGGGUCGAGGGAGGGGUCGAGGAGUAGUCUGUUGUGUACUCAUACUUGUUGCUUUUCGAGCAUUUAUCCUCGCAUCUCUGACGAAGGAUCCAGGAUCUCUCCGAGUCCAAGAAGGGCGACCUGCAACGGUUUUGAUGUCUUUGUUUUUGUUCCGGAUUCGGGGGGCAUUACACAUUUCCUAGAUAUGUAUAUGUCAUAAUCGAUGCAUCUCGCAUGCAAUCAAGCAGGGAUAGUGUCGGUUGCUUACCAUGGGCGAUCACCAAAGCAGUAGGGGGAAGGUUACUGGCCCCCGUUUAGGGGUAUGCAGCAGCAGUAGCAACAGUAGCGGCAGCGGAGUGAGUGUCGACUGCAUAGCCUGUGCCCGCGUGCGCUUUGUUUUCAUCGUUGUUGGGGAGAAAAGAAAAAGGGGACGGUUUAUGCCAUCGAUGUUUAGAGGAGUUCAUCCCUUUUCGUGCUCUGGUCUCUCUUGUCUCUGUCUCUCGCUUGCUCGCUCGCCGCGGGAAAUUUCCAAGAAAUUUCGCCCGCUCUGCGCGACGUGAUUCCUGUCGUAGGUGUUCUCUCUCGGCUGUCGGAAGUGAAAACUGUUCUUUGCUGAAUUCGAAGACCGUACCCUGAUGAGGCCGGGGAUAGCUAGGGAGGAUGGGGAAAGAGGAGGAGAAUUAGAAAUGUCUCGAUCAAGCCCAAGGCUUGCUGUCGGUGGGUGUGCGGACCGGUGUUCGAGUGUGAGGCGUGGCGAACGAAAUUGUGUUUGUUGUUGUUGCACAGCGACCGGUUGGUCUCGAAGCGUGCCAGGGCACGCCUUUCUCCGAACGAGCAACAGCACGUUUAGUGGCGGAGGAAAGCGACUGCUGCUGCUGUUGUUGCUACUGCUGCUGCUGCUGCUGCUUCUUCGCGUAUGAUGGCAUCGGAACCGUCUCGCAGGGACCACACGCGUUUGGUUGUGGACGCAAACGGCCAGCUGCGUGCUUGCAGGGUGUGUGUGUGUCCGGUCUUGUCGUCCAAGAUGGAGAGAGGUCGUGACUCAUGUGCCGUGCGACCGGGCAAAAGAGGGGCUUACGUGGGACUAGUGUUUUUGGUUGUUGGGGGUGGUGGUGGUAGUGCUAUCUUUGUUGUUGGUGGUGAUGAGAGUAGUAGACGUGGUGGUAGCAGGUGGUUGCGGCGGUGGCGGCGACGGCUGUGUGCAGUGAUUGGAUUUGAUUGGUUGAAGUUGACGACGGUCUUCUUCUUGCCCUCUUAUCUCGGCCGCCGCGAGAGAGCAAAGAAAAGGAAUACGCGCGCGUGAUGAUCUCAGUUGUUGCCUGUUUUUUUGUUUUUUUACUUAUAGACUUUCCGUUUCCAAACCUGACCUGCUCCCCAGAGGCAGCAGCGAGACGGCAGGGUCGCGCUCGAGGACGCGCUAUCUAUUGCGUUGUUUAUUGUUGGAUCACGUUUGGAGAAUCCGCCACGACUUAUGUUUCGGGCUGAUGACUUUCUCUCUCAACUCGUCGGCAAGAUUUUCCACGCACGGAAACGGCAACCAGCGGUUGCGACGGAAGUACAAAGUAUCGAGGUCGUGGUGUGAGCUCGACGUGGUACAAGAACGCGGAGAAGUCAUGCGUUUAACGUACGUCGAAGAGUGUCGUGCUUUUGGGCGAGAAAAUUGCGCGUUGAUGCUGCCGGACGGUGUUUAGGUCGACUUCGCCGCGACUCUUCGGCUUCUCUUCAUGCUCGGUAGGUCCGCUCGAAUUUAGUGUCCUUCUUCUCUUUUGGGAUUUCUUGCUGCGGGAGGCGUUUUUUUUGUUUUGUUUUGGUGUAUCUUCUAGCGGCCGCUAUCUGCUGCCCGCCACGCGCAGCAGCGGCAGCACUUGCGUCUGAUGUGGGGCAGCGACGCGUCUCUCUUCGGGGGCGUUGUUCAGGGCGGCUAAUGUAUACUGUUGGCCCGGGGAAGGACUCCCAUAAGCGGUUGGGGGUGCCGUGUGUGGUGUCGGAUCUUGAUUUGGUCUGUCGUGCUGCGUUUCUCUUUUUCUCGAAACGGGCCAGCCAGCCAGCCAGCCAGCCAGCGGUCGGCUGUGUCGCGCUCGCUCGAAGUUUAGGAAGCUUGUCGCCGCCGCAGCGGCCCGGCGCCCCGCCGAAGCGUUGGGGGGUGGUCAUUCCGAGUACUGCUGUUCUCACUCGGUGUGACCUCUUCUCACUCGGUGUGACCUCUUCGUUCUUCUUGCAACAAAGACCAAAGUUCCAAAUUUUGAGCAAAUUCAUGACCACCGGAAGAUUGAUGCACGUACGGUGUGCAUGUGUAGUUGUAUUCCCUAGCCGUGGGGGGGGGGGGCCCCCCCCCCCCCCCCCCCACGCCCCUCCCGUUUAAUCCCCGCUGCGACUUCGAUAUGCACGUGCCGCAAUCUGCUUGCUGCGUGCGCGUUUUGGUGUUCUGUUGUGGUCCUUGUGAGACACGAUGAGGCGGUGGCGGUGAAAGUUGACGAGACCACCUCCAAACCACAGAAGAAGAAGUGGGCCCCGAUGUUGUGGUGUUGUUGGAUGAUACACGGAGGAAUCAGUCAGAGGGAAACAAACCGUGGUGGGCAGGGGCAGGGGCAGGGGCAGACAAAGGGUGACGGGUGCCGACGUCAGGAGUGCCAUGUGGGUUUGGUUGCCAAGGGACAAACAAUCAUUUUUUAGGGGGUUUCAUGAAGGGCCCAAACAAGCGACGCAUGUACGUAUUCAAGUCGACAGGAGAUCCUGAUGUAGUACCACGAUACUCCCGAACACGAGCACCUACCUCCCAAAGCGACCCUUGUGUACACCCGGUGCGAAACGACUACAUUUGUUUGUCUGUUGCGUAUUUACUUUGUUGUUUGGAGGGGGACGGGGGGGGCGCAAUUUUACAGCCUGUCUAUUUCGGUCUUUAUUUUUAGAACGCAGAAGAUCUCGAACCCCCUGGUUUGGUAUAUAUACUACAGGUCGGACUCUUUGUUGGAUGCGGUCAAAUCAACGAUUGUUUCAGUGUC